AACGCAGACAAUAUGUUUAUAUAGCCCAUAAGUACGGCUUCCUCGGCCGGAGUUUUUUUCUCGGUGUAUGGUGCCUGGACUACUGAAGUUCACACAGCUAAACCCGCUAUACUGAUAAGGAGCCCGCUUCUUAUCGGUUAUAAAAAUUCUUAGCAAUAAAAAGCCCUCAUUCAAUUCGAGACGGUACAGAGACGAAGACGGUAAUAUGUCGAAUAUAAGGGCCAAUCGUCAGUUGUGGAAACUUUCCAAGUUAAUUAAUAAUUUUACACAGUGUCGUUAUUGUGUCUAGUUUGUGCGCAAGGCGAAAUAUUUCAGUGAUUGAUUAAGUGUAAUAACCCGGAAGUUCUCAAAUCGUCCAGUUGCACGUGACCUAUGUAAACUUCGUUGUCUGCAACAUACAUAUUUAAAAUGUCGAAAAGCAUUUUUCGGCAGACUCUGGCAGCCAUUUGCUGCUCCAUCGGUCAAAUGACAGUGGGCGCAAUCGCGGGCUGGUCAGCGUCCGCUUUCCCAAAAAUCCGAAACAACGAACUCAAAUUUCGACUGACUCUAUUUCAAGAAGCAUGGGUCAUCAACACCUUCUACAUCGGCAUUAUGAUGGGCCCUCUGCUGGCUGGCAUCGCCAUGGACGCCAUCGGCAGGAAAACUACCCUCCUCCUUUUCAGCAUCUUCUCCAUCGCCAACUGGACGUUGGUCAUUCUCGCUUCAAAUGAGUACAUGCUCUACCUCGCGCGGGUUUUCGCUGGACUCUGGACCGGUUGCGUUCUUACCGUCUGUCCUGCCUUUAAUGCUGAGGUGUUACAACCCCACGUUCGAGGCAGCCUUGGUUCCUUCCUGAUUAGCAUGUACCUCUUGGGCAACCUCUACGAAUACAUCAUCGGCCCCUACGUGUCAUACUCCACAUUCGGUAUUGCCUCCUGCAUCCCCUGCCUGAUCUUCGCCGUCGCGUUCCUCUUCAUCCCCGAAUCCCCCUACUACUACAUCAUGAAAAACCAGCGCGGAAAAGCAGAGGCCUCCCUCAGCUGGCUGCGAGGCGACGUCGACGUCAGCCAAGAACUCGACGCCAUCGAGACGUACGCCGAGACUUUCAAGAGGAACCGAGGGUCGUUCAAAGACGUCUUCCUCAACGAGAACUACCGCGCGGCGCUCAUCAGGGUCCAGGCCGUCUAUUCCGUCCAGAAGCUCUGCGGGAUGUUCACCGUGCUCGCCUACCUGACCGUCAUCAUCCCUCCAAACGUGGGCCCUUUCACGUCCGAGACCUGCACCCUUAUCGUGGGGGUUGUAGUUUGGAUCUCGACUAUCCUCGCGACUUCCUUGAUGGAUCGCGUUGGAAGGAGAUGGCUCUUUGUCGUUUCCAAUGUCGGUAUCAUCGUCACGAUGACCAUCACCGGUGCUUGGUACUAUCUGGACAGUACAGGUUUGGACCUCUCGGGGACCACUUAUGUGCCGUUCUUAGGGUUGCUGCUCUAUGGGAUUUCCUUCUGUCUCGGCGUGGGACCUGUCCCGAGUCUUUAUCAAGGGGAGGUCCUGCCCUCGAAUAUUAAGGCACGCGCUUCCGCGGUUACGACAAUAUGGUCGGCAUUCGUCUCUAUUUUGAAUACUUCUCUGUUUGCCAUUUGCAUCAGGUAUAUUGGCAUGUACAUCAACUUCUUCCUUUUCGCGGCUACUUCAGUGUUCGGAUUGUAUCUCGCGAAGUACCAUUUCAUAGAAACGAGCGGGAAAACGUUGCAGGAGAUUCAGGAGGAACUCACGAAAAGAAGACAUGGAAAGAAAUUGACGAAUGUUGAGAAAUCCCCCGAGGAAACCCUUCAUUUACACCGUUCCAAUGCGGAGUGCAACGGAGAAGGUUGAAACCAAGAGGCAUUUCGAAAAGGUGGUUUUCUGGAGUUGGCAAUACUGGGAUUGCUCAUUUUGUUCAAUCGCGUUUUAAGUAGAGCACCUAUGUA